AUGACAGUAGAGCCUGAACGAACGGUGAGAAACAGCGUAGUUAUGGAGAAAUCGCAAUGCUCUGGUCGCGGCGAGUUAGGCCGCGCCGUUGAGGGCGAAAACUCAAGUAGGACAAACGAAACGCUAAACAGAGGCCAAGUCGAGCGGACCGCGGAAACGCCGUCCUUACGCUCCUUGAGCCCUCCAGCGGGUUUAAAGGUCAGGAAGCGGGAUAAUGAACAAGUCGAGCCAGCAGCGAUGGAGCCGCUUCGAUGCUCCUUGAGACCGCCCGUGCUGGUCGAUUUAGUAACUAAUGGGUCGCUAAAGGUCAGUAAGGUCGUUGCCGAAGACGUGAGUGUAUCGGAAAAGGUGGCGGAAGUACCUUUCGUGUUAGUUGAGGGAAAGACCGGGAAAAGCUCGGGAAACUCUACUACAGGGAAAUCGAGUUAUAAGGAUGUAGCGCAUAUAGCGGUAGUCGAGAACAGGUUCUUUGUCACGAUUAAUAUCAACGGUACGAAUUACUCGGCUAUGGUUGAUUUGGGUGCACAAGUGACCGUCGUAAGCCCGGGGACAGCGAAUAGAUUCAAGUCGCGACUGAAAACUCCGACUACAGUAGUAAAGGGAGUCUCGGGCGAAGAACCAGGUGCGCUCGGAGAUCUGAAGUUGCACCUGGAGAUCGGCGGAAACUGCGGAGCUUUGACUGCAUGCGCGGUGGCGAGGUGCGCGCACGAUCUGAUACUCAGUGUUGACUUUUGGAACGAGUGGAUGGAAGAGUUUAGUAUUGAGAGACGCGAAUGGAGGCCGAAAGGCUCAAAAAGCUGGAUUCCGUUUGCGAGUAACGAGAAAGGAUCGGCGCACAUAUUUGCGGAAUGCGCGGGAUUGACUAAAUAUCGUGAAACGCAGCGAGAACAGGUGUUGCACAGUAUUGCGCUGAAGCCCGGAACCGCGCCGGCCGUAACGGACUUGAUCAAGCAUAUCAUAGACGUCAGUAACGCGCGGCCUAUCAAGACAUCUAUGAGGCGAAUGUCGCUUCCAAUCUUGAGCUUUGCGCAAGAGGAAACGAUGCAGAUAUGGCGCGCAGAAAUCAUAAGACCGUCGGAUUAUCAGUGGAGUAGCGCGCCGGUGAUUGUCAAGAAGGCAGUCGGAACGUAUCGAUUUUGCCUGGACCUUUGUCCGGUGAAUAAAGUAACUAAAAUCGAUGCAUGUCCGAUCCCUAAUCUCGAUUCGAUUUUGGAUCGGCUGCGCAGCGCGGUUUUUCUCUCAAAAAUCGACUUACGGUCAGCAUUUUGGCAGAUUCCGUUAAAGGAGAGUAGUAAGCAGUACACUGUAUUCGCGGUACUGGGAUCAGGACUGUGGGAAUUCGAGAGAAUACCGUUCGGUCGAGUGAAUGCCUCCGCAACGUUUAUGCAAUUAAUGGACGCUUUGUUUGGCCCGGAAUACUCACCGAAUGUAUUCUGGUAUAUGGAUGAUUCAUUAGUAGUGAGUACGAGUUUCGAAGAUCACAUGGCUUGGUUAGGUCGAGUGUUGCGUAGGUUAGUGGAGGUAGGCCUAGAGAUAAACUUGGGAAAGUCGGACUUCUUUUGCACCGAAGUCACACAUCUCGGCUACCGUUUAGACUGCGAGGGCCUACGCCCCGACCCGGAAAGAAUUCAGCCGAUCCUCGAUUACUCGGUGCCAAGGAACAUAGAGCAAUUGCGUCGAUUUUUGGGUAUGGUUGGGUGGUAUGCGCGAUUCAUCGAGAACGAAAGCGAUGCCAAAGUACCGCUCAUGAAAUUGAUCAAGAAGAAUCAACUAUGGAUGUGGGGCGAGCAGCAGGAGACGUUCGAGCGAUAG